AUGAACGAACAUGAGCCUACUGCACAUCUGCAAGACGAAGGAUCAGCUGGGGCAGCUGGCGGUCCAUUGACACUAGGAAACAGUAAUACUGCUGGUGUAUGGACAAUUGGCCCUAUACAUGACACCGUUAGUCUUUCUACAAUUUAUAAUGCACAAGCACGACUUUAUGCUAGUGUCGACCAACCAGUACCAGGUAAAAAUGUAACUGGUGCUUCUCAACCUUAUGAUUUUCAAAUGUAUCGAUUUAGUGAAGAGUCUUAUGCUAUUCAUGUACCAGAUCAAGACUUUUAUUGGGAUUCUAAUUCCACUAUUUUGCCUCAUAUCCAGCUCGUGCACGAAUCUGAAAUCAUCGGUGAUCAUAAUAUUUUUCAAAUAGUACCCGUUAUUUAA